AUGGGCGACCACUCCCUGACGGCCCUGGCCAUCGGCCGCAUGCUCAACAUCGCCGGCAGCGGCCUGGUGCUCACGGGGCCAGAGGUGGACCGCAUCGAUGACGAGGGCCUGAAGCUGGUGGCCAAGGAGUGCAACGUCUUCGCGCGCGCAUCACCAGAGAACAAGCUGCGCAUCGCGUCAGACCUGGUGGUCGCGAUGACGGGUGACGGCGUCAAUGACGCGCCCGCGCUCAAGGCAGCUGACGUGGGGGUGGCCAUGGGCAUCACCGGCACCGACGUUUCGAAGGAGGCCGCAAAGAUGGUGCUGGCCGACGACAACUUUGCAUCGAUCGUGGCGGCAGUCCGCGAGGGGCGCCGCGUGUGGGACAACAUCCGGAAGAUCCUCGUAUUCAACCUGCCCGUCAACCUGGCCCAGGGCUUCUCCAUCAUGUACUCAUACGUGGUGGGGCUGCCUGAUGCCCCCCUCACGGCCCUGCAGGUGCUGCUGGUCAACCUGGUGACGUCGGUGACACUGGGCCUGGCCCUCGCGGCGGAGCCCCCAGAGCCGACCACCAUGGAACGUCCUCCCCGCCGCGCCGGCAAGCGCCUGAUCGGGAAGCUGCUGCUGUGGCGCAUGUUCUUCGUGUGCCACGUGGUGGUCGUCCUCGUCAUAGGUUAG